AUGUCUCCUUUUAAUCUCGAGGCAUGCGCCAGACCAAACAUUCUGGCGCUUGAGCCCUAUCGUUGUGCUCGGGACGACUACAAAGACGACGGCACCAACAUCCUCCUCGACGCCAACGAGAACGCCUACGGCCCCCCUCUCCAGAACAAAACCUUCCCCCCUCCAUCUUCCACCCCCCAAAAUGGCAGCACCACAGGGACAGCGACGACUCCUACCCCCACCCCCUUUCCCACGCUAGACCUCACCACCCUGCACCGCUACCCCGACCCCCACCAAGAACCCCUCAAACAGCUCCUCUGCCAACUCCGCACCACCCACGCCCACACCCCGCGCACCCUAACCCCCGCGCACCUCUUCGUCGGCGUCGGCUCCGACGAAGCCAUCGACGCCCUCCUCCGCUGCUUCUGCGCCCCCGGCCGCGACCGCAUCCUCGUCUGCCCCCCCACCUACGGCAUGUACUCCGUCUCCGCCCAAGUCAACGACGUCGGCCUGGUCAAGGUCCCUUUACUCCCCGCCCCCGAGUUCGGCGUCGAUGUCCCCGCCGUCACGGCCGCGCUGUCCGCCCCGGACUCGGACACCAUCAAAUUGGUGUAUCUCUGUUCUCCGGGCAACCCAACCGGCGCGCUGCUGAGGAAGGAAGAUAUCCAGGCCGUGCUGGAACACCCGACGUGGAACGGCGUGGUGAUUGUUGACGAGGCGUACGUGGACUUCUCGGCUCCUGAGGCGAGCCUGGCGGAAUGGGUUGUUGAAUGGCCGAACCUGGUGGUCAUGCAGACGCUGAGCAAGGCGUUCGGGUUGGCGGGCAUCCGGCUCGGCGCGGCGUUUACGUCCCCGCCGAUUGCGCGGUUGCUGAAUAGUCUGAAGGCGCCGUAUAACAUCUCGAGUUUGACGGCUGGGUUGGCGGAGUAUGCCGUAUCGGAGACGGGUGGGUUGCCGCACAUGCGGGAGAACCGCGCGCGACUGAUUGCCCAGCGGGAUGCGCUGGUCCGGGGCAUGGCGACGGUGGAAGGGGUUGGUCGGUUGCGUGGUGGGGAGGAUAGUAAUUUCUUGUUGUACGAGAUGCUGGACAAGGAUGGAAAGCCGGAUAAUGUCACGGCGCUGGCGGUGUACGAACGACUGGCCGAGACCAAGGGAGUGGUGGUACGCUUCCGUGGUAAGGAGCACGGGUGUCUGGGCUGUCUGCGCAUCACGGUCGGUACCGAGGAGGAGGUUACGCGGUUUUUGUCCUCGUUGAAGAAGACGCUGGCUGAGGUCCGCGGGGUUCCGACGGCUGCUGGUUAA